AUGCGAUGUGCUUUCCAGUACAAAACCAAAUGCACUGGAAGAGGAAUUUUGUAUGAUGACGAGACAGACAAAAUUUAUAUAACAAAAGAACAUUUAGCAGAAUGUAAAUUCAACAAAGAUGCUGCUCAACAAAGGAGUGCUCUGCUGAAAAAAAGUGAAGGAAACCCGGAAAAUCCACAUAAAAUUUUCAAAGAAGUGAGAAGAGAUAACACGGAAUGGAAAUUGAGCCUUCCAUACGGAUGUGUUUCGAGAUCACUUAGGCGUUGGAUGCGAAAUGGUUGUCCAGCUGUGCCAAAACAUAUUGUGGAUGUAGGAGAAGUCCUUGGCAACGAUGUAUGGAAGGAAAGGAUGACGUACUACGUGGAAGAAAAACCAAAACAAAUUUUGGUAGAAAGCGUCAUUGACGAGGACGAUCUUUGUCACGUCAUCUUUUAUUCCCCAGAUUUUGUUGCCAAAGUUUUAGAAAUUGACAUGUCAUCUGCCACGGUCGACGGAACAUUUAGAACAGUUCCAUGGCUAAAAGGAGCUUCGCAAAUAUUAAUAAUAUCAAUUACUCCCUUGUUCUAUGCUAUUAUGAGCUCCAAAUCGUUUCUUGCGUAUAGAGUUGUAGUUCGCAAGAUUCAAGAACUAGCUCCAUCUCUGAAUAUAGAGAAACUAACAAGUGACUUCGAAACUGCGAUAAGAAAAGCGUUUUUAGAAAAUUUUCCAGAAUUGAAAAAAAUUAUUGGAUGUUAUUUCCAUUAUCGAUACAACAUUGAUAAGCAGAUCAACUCCUUGGGUCUGCGGCCCUACGUGAACGCUAAUGAAACAAUAUUGGCAUUUACAGAAAAAAUAAAAUAUUUGGCCCUUUUACCAGCUGAGGACAUCGUGGAAAUUUUCAAUUUUCUGGUUGAAAGCCUUCCAAGAAAUGAAAAAAUCGUAAUUCAUGAAAACAGCACAGAUUAUGUUUCCGUGAAGGAGUUACUCGAUCCUCUGAUAUCUUACUAUGAAAGGAUUUGGCUCAAGCAGAUUACGCCUCAAGUCUUUUCUGUGUACUUGGAGGAAAGGAGGACGAAUAAUGACACCGAGCGAAACAAUCGCUCAUGGAAUGAAUUUAUGGGUUGUCAUCCUAACCUUGUUAUUUUUCUAGCUAAACUUGUACUUCUAAUAAAAGAUACCGACCUUGAUCAUGCGGAAAGAACCAGAAAUGGUGUCUCUGUACGUAGACUCAGUGAAGAAGAGAAACGCACGGAGAGAAUUAUAAAAGGUGGAUGGAGAAUUAUUAAAGAGCUAGAAAAUUGUACUUUUCGUGAGAGGCGCACAAAAUUAUUAGAAUUUCUUCAUUGUUGUCGCAGUAUAAAUUAUUAUUUCAUUGAACUAAACAAGACGCUCUUAACUGGAGAAGAUGAAUCACGUUCACCCUCAAUAGCUGACACAUGCACUGUGGUCAGAAACACUCCAUGGGACAAUAGAGUGGAGUAUGAUGAAACUUUUUGGAAGUGCCCUGUCUGCUCCGAACAGAUGCAAAAUGAAGAGAGUUACUUUCGGCAUGUGGAGGAAAUGCAUGCGCUUCGAAACUGCAAGAAUUGUGGUGAUAUGUACAAUUCUCAAUCAGGCCAUUCACAUUGUUGUAAGUACUUUAAUUUCUUUUAUAUUGCAAGGAUCACAAUUGGUUCUCUUCUUUAUCUAAUCCCCUUGACCCCUCCCCCCUAA